AUGAUUCGCAGCAGUUGUUUAUUAGAAGACGGGCCUUGGCUGCGGCUGUGCAGCUCUUUCAAGAGCAGCAGCAGCAGCAGCAGCAGCAGCAGCAGCAGCAGCAGCGGCGGGGGCGGCAGCAGCAGCAGCAGCGCCAGGUCCAGCGGCUCCGACUGGCUCCGCUCCCUCUCGGGGGGGGGCCUCGUAGUGCAGCCGCUGGCCCGGCCCGAGUCGCCUGCACUUGCUGCUGCAGUGCUUGCUGCUGCUGCUGCUGCUGCUGCUGCUGGCGACGAGCGGCCUGCAGACGGCCCCGCUGCUGCUGCUGCUGCUGCUGCUGCUGCUGCGCCCCUGCCCUCCCCACGCAGCGACAGCCAAAGGGCCAAGCAGCAGCCGAGGGGCCCCCCGCCCCCUCUGGCAGCAGCUGCUGCUGCGCGGAGAGGCCCCACAGCAGCAGCAGCAGCAGCAGCAGCAGCAGCACAAAGAAGACCCUCCAGCGGGGUCUCUCUGCAGCUAAGGCCUUCUUUUCUCUUUCUUAGACACUGCUAUCCUUUCCGAAGAAGUGCAGCAGCAGCAGCAGCAGCAGCAGAACCCGGGGGAGGGCCCCCCGGCCAAGCGCUCAGGGUACUGGGGGGCCCCCCGGGGGCCCCACCUGGUACCCUCCGGCCUGAUGGGGGGCCCCCAGGGGCUUCACGGGGUCUAGGGGGCCCCCCAGGUGCCCCAGAGUUCCUCACAGGGGCCCCCGGGGGCCCCACAGGGGCCCCGGGGCCCCUAGGGCCCCAGAGGGGCCCCCCGGGCAAUGGGGCCCCAGAGCUCCAGGGGGCCCCCGGGGCCCCUGAAAGCCCCCCAGGGGCCCCAGGGGGGCUUUUUCGGGGGGCCCCUGAGGGGACCCCAGGGGCCCCUGAGGCCCUAGGGGGCCCCGGGGGCCCCGGGGCCUCCGGGGCCCCCAGGGCCCCCGGGUUUGGGGCUUUUGGGGCCCCCGAAACUGCUGCUAAUACUAAAAAGACUGAAGGGCCCCUGGGGGCCCCCAGGGGCCCCUGCGGGCCUGGGAUUUAUAUUGGAAGCGAAGACGAAAAAGAAGAAAGAUUAGAAAAGAUUAAAGAGCAGCAAAAUCGAAGCAAAAGAGACACAAGAGAAAGAAGGCGGGCUGGCUUUUCAGCAGCAGCAGCAGCAGCAGCAGCAGCAACAGCAGCAGCAGCAGCAGCAGCAAGGAAGGACUCGUUCGAAACGCUUGGCCAAGCCUCCUCGGUAAGCAGCAAACUGGCUGGAAAGCGAAUAAAUAAAUAA